CUUAGCACCGGAGCCAUGCGCAAUAUUGAUUUCGCCUUCCCUGCUGGAUAUGAAAGCGACGCCAGUAACGAUGACUGGGACAUAGAACCGGAAGGCAAGCCUUCAGACAUAAAGGACCUGGGCUUCCCUGUGGUGAAUGGAGGAGACAAUGAUUUUGUGCUGAAAAAAGCCGUCAGUGAUGGAGACAUAAAUACUGUUCAACAACUGUUGGACAAUGGCAUGGACGUGGAAACCAAGCUGAGUUAUGGCUGGACCCCCCUGAUGUGUGCAGUCAGUCUGGCAAACUACAACCUGGCAAAGCUGCUUCUGGACAGAGGAGCCAGUGCCAACUUCAGCAAAGAUCACUGGACUGUGCUCAUGGCCAGUUGUUCUGCCUCUGCCAGUGAAGACAAAAUUGUCCAUUGUGUUGAGCUUCUGCUGUCCAGGUCUGCAGACCCCAACAUGGUGGACAGGUCUCAAAUCACAUGCCUGAUGAUGGCAGCCAGGGAGGGCUACAGUAAACUUGUAAAUCUGCUGGUGUCCCACGGUGCAGCAAUAAAUACACAGGACAGCAAAGGAUACACAGCUUUGGCAAUAGCAGUACAAUAUGGCAGGGAAGAGGUGGUCUUGAAGCUCCUUCAGCUGGGAGCUGACAAAACCAUAAGGACAAAGAAUGGAAAAAGUCCUGCUGAUCUUGCUCGGAUGUUCCAACAUAGACGGAUUAUGCAGAUAUUUGCCUCAUCUUCUCAGCUGUCUACUUUCCCAGCCUCCACUUCUAUAGAGGAUACGCUCUCUGAACUUUGUAGGAAAAACCCUGAUGAUCCAUCUUAUAAGGAAAGUGCAACAAAGCUGGAUGAGGUCCAACUUCUCCUGCACGGGCUUAAUCUGGGCCACCUCGCUGACAUCAUGACCGAAAAUGACAUCAGCUGGAGCUACCUGAUGACCAUGGAGAAGGAGGACUUAAAGAAGAUUGGUAUCACAGACCCAGAAGAUCAACAGAAAGUGUUGAGUGCUGUGCAGCAGAUGCAGUUGAACAAAGUAGACCUUGACAAGAUCCAGCUGGUGAUUGAAGAGAAUGGGAAUGAGGAGUUGCUGAACUUCCUCCUAAGUGUGAGUCAUCAGUGCAGCUACCUGACGGAGAUACUUCAGGAUACCAGCAGCCGUUUCCCUCGUCAGACUUCUCAGCUGAUCCUAUCAAUGGACCCCAAGAAGGAAGCCCAGUCUGUCUGUAGCCAGCUAGUGCUCCAGACAAAAGACCUGCAGAAGGAAGUCACCUGCCUCUACAGUCUGCUUUGCCAGAUGGAUGCAGCCAGGGAUUGCAGUCAGCUCCCUCAGCCUGGUUCCCACCAGAUCUGGAGGACAUGGGCCGUGACAGGAGCAGCUCUGGGUGUGCUAGGCGCGGCUUUCUUCCUGCUACACUUCAAAGCAUCAAGAGCUGCAUGAAGAUGUCUAAGAAUGUCUCCACAUCUUCAUCAGUAAAGGAGUUAAAGCCCUUUUUUUGUUUGAUUGGCCUGCUCUAAGUCGUACAAGUUUAAG